CUGCGCUCGUUGACUCUGGAAAACAGGAAGUAAACCGGAACUGAGUAGCUACACGGAACUCCCCCCGACCCGGUGACAUUAAAGUAAUUAACUAUAAUAACGUAACUCUGUGCGAGUAACGAUGGAGGAAUACAACUCUGGAGAUGAGCAGGUAGUCUUCAAUGCUGAUGAUGUCAACAUCUCAGUUAAAGAGUGUAUCGAAGGUGUGAUUGGUGGAACAGAUUACAACCAGAGUAAAGUGAACCAGUGGACGGCCGGUAUAGUUGAGCACUCUCUGACUCAUCUGGUGAAGCAAGGACGUCCGUUCAAAUACAUAGUAAACUGUACCAUCAUGCAGAAGAGUGGCGCCGGUCUCCACACAGCCAACUCCUGCUACUGGGACACUGCCACUGAUGGAAGCUGCACAGUCAGGUGGGAGAAUCGCACCAUGUACUGUGUGGUCGGUGUGUUCGCUGUGGCGCUGUGAGCUGUCAUGUCUGAUGCUUGAAACGUCAGCGUGACCAUGAAGCCAUUGAGUUCCUCAGAUGUUUCCCUCUGAAUAGACACAUAACUUUUUCCCCCCACAGGGUUAAAUAACAUAACGGCAGAAAAAGGUUUGAGAAAAUAUUGCCUUGGAACGACCAAGAAAGGAUUUUCAACCUGGACGCAGCUGUGUUGACUAUUAAGAUCUAGAUGGAUGCUAGUAAUGUGAAACUCGAUUCUUUUUAAGCCGUGCUAGCAGCAAGGCUCUUGGGAUGACUGUGAAGUUUACCAACAACUAUGUGAUAGAUUGCCCUGAAGUUUUCUACCCAUAUUCAAGCCUCCGUUGUAAUUAGUUUUGGGAUGCAUUAUUUUGCUUUGUCAGCAAAUACCUGCAGGACUAAAAACAUUAUAUUUAAAGCUAAUAAACUCAAAAGUUGACGCUAAGAUGGUGAACAUGGUAAAAUGUAUACCUGCUGAACGUCAACGUGUUUAGCUGUGGGUGCUGCCUCUGCUAGCAUGGCUAAGGACUGUCAGUUGUCUUAGUUAAUUUAUUUAAGUAAUUCCUAAAUGUUAGUGUCUCUUUUAGUCUGAGUUUGUGCUUUAUGGAUCAGUCUGUAACUGUGGAUAUGAGAUAUCUAUUUCCAGGGAUGAUGGAGUUCAUUGGUCAGAAGGAUAAAUGCACUUUUUCUAGACAUUUUCUGUAGAAAUCCUUGAUUUCUUCAUUAAAACGUGGUUCAUGAACGCUGUUUAAAGAAGUUUA